AAGGGAGGCUGUGGAGGCUGAAGUGGGCCCAUCUUCUGAGGUUCCUGAAUGUCCAUCAGAAGGGGAAGGCGGGGCCCGCAGAAGUUAAAAUCAACCCUCUCGCAGUUCUAACCGAUUUCACUUAUUUUAUGCCUCAGGGCCCUUCUUCAAGUGUCUGGAGUCAGAGAUGCGGCCCAGGGGAGGGAACUGUGGCUAGUGAAGGAGGCCAUGCUUAAUAUUGCUUCCAGAUCCCAUGUCAACACCAAGUCCUCAGCUGCUGGUGGCAGCUGCUCAGCAGACCCUGGGCAUGGGAAGGAGACGGGGCCUACCCCAAGCUGUCUGCCUUCACCUAGCUGGAGAGGUGCUGGCUGUGGCCCGGGGACUGAAGCCAGCUCUGCUGUAUGAUUGCAACUGUGCAGGGGUGUCAGAGAUCCAGAACUAUCUGGAGGCGCUGCAGGGCCUGGGCUUCCUGACCCAGGGACUUCACAUCCUUGAUAUUGGAGAAAACAGCCUGAUUGUCAGUCCUGAGCAUGUAUGUCAACAUUUGGAGCAGGUGCUGCUUGGUCCCAUAGCCUUUGUGGAUGUUUCCAGCUCUCAGCCUCACCCUUCCAUCUGCUCCCUGGAUCAGCUUCAGGCCUUGAAGUCCCGCGUGGCUGAGAUCAUCACACAUUUGCAGGGGCUGCAGAGGGACCAAUCCCUGGCAGCCUCCUGCAGCAGGCUCUGCUGCUCAGAUUGGAAUCUCUGUACUGUGUUUGGGAUCCUCCUGGGCUAUCCUGUCCCCUAUACCUUUCACUUGAACCAGAGAGAAGACAACUGCUUAGCCAUGACUCCACUACGGGUGUUUACUGCCCGGAUCUCAUGGCUACUUGGUCAACCACCAGUCCUGCUCUAUUCCUUUAGUGUCCCAGAGAGCUUGUUCCCAGCCCUGAGGGACAUUCUAAACACUUGGGAGAAGGACCUUAGAACUCGCUGUAGGACUCAGAAUGACUUUACUGACCUCAGAAUCUCUUCCGAGAUAGUCACACUGCCGGCUGUGGCCCUCUGACUGUAACUCUUUUCCUGUGUAGAAGGUACUCAGUAAAUGAUCACCUCUAGAUCAGGGACGGCAAAUAGGAAUCAUCUCAAGUGCCAAUUCUGAGCAUCUUGAGAACACUAGGGAAGAAUGUUGCAGUCAGUUUGCUAUUUCUGUGUUAGGAGUCCUCUAAGCUGACAUGUCUAUUCAUUUUUCACUGGAUAGGAGAUGGAGGGAGACUGUGGAGAAGAAGGAGGGUGAUGGAGGAGAAGCAGUAUACCGUUCAAUGGUAGUGUAAAUACACCUGCCCUGUGCGGGUAGUGUCUGCCAGCACGUAGAAGGACUGGGCAUUACUGCAUGCUUAUAUACUUCCAGCUGAACUGGACUAGGGAGAGUAGACGAGGAUGCUUAAGUGUCUCAUAUUUGUGAUGUGAUGUGUCAUUCAGGAAUAAAGAGAGUUCUGAGGAACAGAGACCGUAGGUGAAGUUUGUUUAUUUUUACAGUAUUAAAAAAAUAAUAACGAAGUCAGAAAUCUCAGGAGAGUUGGAAAAACCCACACUUUAAAGUACCCAAAUCUGAGUUUUUAAUUGAGUCUCUUGCUUCUGAUUUCCAUCCAAGGCAGCUGUCACAGGUUAUUCAGAUCAUCAGGCUGUCCUUAUUGGCCAGGAACACUGCCAGUGCUGUAGCGACCAGGACCAUCAUCAUUGGAAGCCAUCGGCCACAUUGGCUCUGUGAGGAGGGAGGGGGAGAAAAGAGAAAGAGGCCAUGCGCUGGUCAGAAAAGAUACAGGCAAAAAUAAUCUUCCUUUGUCCUGUUCUAGCCCAGUGAAAAACCUUGGGUUGGUGGAGGAGAAAAAGCCUUUUACAUCACUGUCCCUCUUACUUUGUCACAUUCCUUGGGAUAAAACAGUGGUCACUGGCCCGUAAGCCAGGAUUACUGGCCCAGGGAGCCACAGUCAGAGGGGCCAGAUACUUAAAUACUGAUACAAAUGAUCAAAAGUGGAAAAUAACUGAGCAAAAUUGUAUUACUCUCUGUUUAUAUUCCUCAGUAUGUUUGCUCUCCUCUCUCUGUCCUUGCACUAUGCUCAUAAUAGGCUACGAGAACACCAUUUCAUGCUUUAGCUAACAGUAAGUUUUUCCCUUCAGGCUCAAGAGUUCCAUGAAAAUUAGGCCUGGAUGCGUGAGCCACUGUUUCUCUCCGUAGUUGCUAUCCUGUCAAUGUGGUAAAAACCAAGCUGCACGGGGCAGGCUGGUCAGAUGUUGGCAUGGCUGAUCAAUUUUACUGGCAAGGUUUGCUAAAGAAGGAAUCAUGCAUCAUGUAGGGCUGCAUGGGAGGAUAGACCCUCUUACUCUGGGAGGCGGCUGCUGGCUCUGGUUCAGCUCUUCUCGACAGUGCUGCAGCUUCCGCAGGCAGGAGAGAUACUCGUCACUGAGGUUGUCUAAUUCUGAAUGCAGUUCUCUGCACUAGGGGAGAACACCACCAAGGUCAUCACUACCAGCCGUGUUGGGUACAGAGCCCAGGUAGCAGAGAGGGCCCUGUGCAAGUUACCCUGUUACUCAUGUGGAAUUUUUACCCCCCUCCUCCCUUCCCAGCCUUUCUCAGAGCUUUGCCUUUUGUCUGUCUCACCUAGUUUAUCCAUAAUCUGUUCAUUUAAAUGAUUGAUUAUAAUGCAUAUUAUAGUAUAUAUUAUGCAUGUAAGUGCUUUUGUGUGACAGUUGUAUGUGCAAGUUCUUUGUAAAUGGGGACACCUCAAAAUGAAGUUCUUACAACACAGAUGACCUGGAAGUGAUCUUAAUGCAAGUCUUUUUGCCAGGAGCUAGUUAGUUGCAGUAAAUACUUCCAGAGAUACGUAUGUUUGUGAGUAUGUAGAUAAGAGGGGUUUUGUUAUUUAAAAGACUGUAUAAAGCUUUAAGAUACUCAAUAUACAACAGAUUUUGAAGCGUUAAUGUAUUUACUAAUAGUGUUUGAGUUUAGGUUGACUCUAAAAGGUAACUAGUUAGUAAAACCUUGAAUAAGCAUUGGUAUAAACAAGGAAGGCAAAAGAUAAGCUACCCUGAAAGCAAAGCCAUUUUGUAGAGGGCAGUGAAUACCUGCAGGCAUCCAGUCUCACUUUAAGCUAUGAAAUGCCUGCUGCUGGCUGCCUCCUGACACUUCCCCUAUCUCUGUAGGAUAAGCCCCUCACUAUCUGAGGUCACCAUCUCACCUCCUUUUCCUUGGCCAGGAGCUGCAAAGUUUUCUUUUGGAGCUGGUCUCUGAUAUCCCAGUCUUUCUCCUUCCCUGUACCCUCAGGCUCCACUUCGUUAUGGGAGGGCUUUGGACUCCACACGGGCCAAGCCUGAUCUAAAAAAAGCAGCCAGAUUCUCCAUGACAGUGAGACCCACACCUUUGAGGAAAGGGCCCCAUCACUGAGAGGACCCCUGGGGGUGAGAGGAAGGGGCGGGAGGAAGGGCCUGUCCCCGGCCAGAUUGCGAGGAAUUCAAUUCUCUGACUUUUGAAGAACUCCUAUUGGGACCUGGCUCAGCCUGAGCAGAGAGCUGGAAUUUGAGCCCCUUGAGGGCAAGGUUGGCAUCUUACUUUUCUUUGUAUCCCUAGUCCUGACUAGUGCCAGGUACUUUUAGAGACUACUUAUUAAUUUAAUUUCUUUGGUUGCAUUCACACCUUUUGUCUGCUCAGUUUGCUGGAUGCUUCAGUAUAACUCCUUUUUCCUUCUGUCCUCAUCUCAAAAUGAUGAGAAUGGCAGUCAUAUCCUAGAAUCCAUCUUCAUGUAGUUAAAGAUAGCUUUUCAGCCACCUGGCACUCUUAAUCUUGGUGAAGAGAGCAUUGGACUAGGAGUCAGAAAUUCUGGAUUGUUGUCAUAGCUGUGUCCUUAAUUUGUAUGACCACAGACCUUCAUUUACCUUCAUUUUCUUAUCCAUACUACGUGGGCAUAAUACUUUCUGCCUUCUAUUUUACCCAGGGACUAUGAUAAGAAAACAAAAGGCCAUGAACAGUGGGUAAGUGAGGCGCUUUUGCCCCCUCCAGAUACAUAUGAGUUCUUCUCCAGGGAGCUAAGGCAGCAGACUGAGGGCUGAGAGUGAGGUGACUUGCAUGUGAAACGGUUUAUACUUGGGGAGCUGGGUGUGGUCUGGAAAGUCAAGUGUAAAAAUUGACAUAAAAUCCUGAGUUCAAAAUCAAUUUAUUGAAAUGUUCAACACAGACAUGUUUUCAGAGGGAGUAGAAAUCCUUUUCACAGUUUAUAUACUUCUCAGGAUAGGAGGCUAACUAGUUAAAAUGUUCUCAGAACCAAUGAUGAGUCCUUAAGAAGUUCCUCCAGCUCCCUGACCUAACAGACUCCCAGAACUGGCUGGGCCUCCAAGAGGUCAUGUAGCUCCAUCCCCCCUGCCUCUAGGCAGGAAAAGAAAGAGCAAUAUCUUAGAAUUUGUGGAAAUAAAUUUGCUGACCUUUCUUUGUUAAGAGUUUCUCCUGUUCUUGAAGCUGUACGGACUGACUCUGAAGUAGACCUGUUGGAAAACACAAGGAACUUGUCUGUGCUAGCAUGUUUACGGCAAAGAGUGUCUUUCAGAGCUUUGCUUAGAACCUUAAUUAUUAAUUAUGUUCCCAUCUGUAGUUGGUUGAAUUGUGUCCCCACCAAAUUCAUAUUUUGAAGUCCCAACUCCCAGGCCUUCAGAAUGUGACCCUGUUUGGAGAUAGGUUCUUUUUAGAGGUAAUCAAGUUAAAAUAGGACAUUAGAGUGGGUCCCCCUCUAACAUGACUGGCGUCCUUAUAAGAAGGGGAAACAUGGACACAGACAUGCAUAAAUAGAAGACAUGAGAAGAGACAGAGAAGACAGCCAUCUUCACGUGAAGGAAAGCGGUCUAGAACAGAUCCUUCCCCCAAAGUCCUCAGAAGGAAUCAAGCCUGCCCAGCACCUGGAUUUUGGACCUCUAGUCUCCAGAACUGUGAAAAAAAUAAAUAUCUGUUCUUGAAGUCA